CUGACAAAUAUAAAUACCAACUUGACCAAACCUCCACAAUCAGUGUUGCACAGAACCAGCAUGUCUCUCAAGAUCUUCGUCGCCACCUGCCUGCUGGCCGUCGCGGCCGCUAUGCCCCAGUACGGCGGCUACGCCCCGGCGCCCAAGUACGCUCCCGCCCCCUACGCUCCUAAGGCCUACGCACCCAAAUACGAGGAGCCUGCACCUGCCUACCCCAAGUACGCCUUCGAGUACGCCGUCCAUGACGACAGCACCUACGACAUCAAGAGCCAGAAGGAGGAGCGUGACGGAGACUACGUCAAGGGAGUCUACGAGCUGUACGAGCCCGACGGCACCAAGAGGAUCGUCACCUACGCCGACAACGGAUACGGUUUCGAGGCUGUUGUCACCAAGGAACCCGCCAAGGGCUACGCUCCCGCUCCGGCUUACGCCCCCAAGCCCUACUCUGCCCCGGCCUACCCCAAGUACUGAAAAAAUGUUGUCCUCCAUUAAGUCAUUUACCACUGUACAUACGACAUCGUUCACUAGUCUAGCUUUUUAUACGUGAUAGUACAAUAAAGUACAACUAUUUUUAA